CUUGGGCGUGUCCGUACGGUCGCCGCCCGCGGCCGCGCUGCCUCCGCCUCCGCCCCCCGCGCCGCCGCCCGCACGCUCGGCGCGCCGCCGCCGCCCAAACCCUAGCUCCAUCUCCCGCUUCCCCCAGCCGCCGCUCUGCUCCCCGCGAGCUCCUCGCCGGACCAAGCCGCCGCGGGCGCCACUCCCCCCCACCGCUAGCCUCUCUCUCUCUCUCUCGUCGUCCGCUCGCCCCGUCGCCGCGCGUCGGUCGCAGUCGCGGUUGCUCCGCAGGUGAUUCGCCGCCAUGGCGUCCGACGUGGCUAGCGGGCGUUGAUGAUUUACGUGAUAUAACUGCAAAACCGGAAAUUAUAAACUUUCCUGUUGGCUUAACUCUGUUGAGCAUAUAUGCCUUAGAGAGCUUCUGCAAUGGAAGGGUCUGAUUCUAGUCGAAGUCGUGACAAGAGAGAUGCUGAUGACGAUGUUGAUGCUAGGAGCAGUUGGAAGGAAGAUGACGAACAUGAGGAUGUCGAAGACAGAAAAAAUCGUUCUGGCAAGUCAACAAGGUACAUCUAUGAUGAUGAAGGUGAUGAGGAUGAUUACGAUGUAAGAAGGGAAUCACGGGUGUCCAAGGUCCCAAGGAGAAGCCCAGAAGAGAGAAGUGAGAGGAGAUUGUCCGACGGGUACAAGGACAGAGAUGGGGAUAGCAGCAGGAGGAGAAGAGAGGACAAUAAUGAUUGGGAUUCUUCAAGAAGAUCUGGCUCCAGAACUUCCGGUCAUGAUGUCUCUCGUAGUAAAAGCAGGUCCUCUGAUCGGACCAGUUCUGAUAGAGCUGAUACAAGAGAUAGUAGGUCCUCUGCUGAUCAAAGUAAGAACAGGAGCGCAAGAGAGGCUCAUGAUUACAGGAAUGAAUUGAGUGAAAGAUGGGAAGACACUGAGAGGAGAAAGGGUUCAGCCAGAACUGAUAAGAAUGAUCAAGAUAGACGAUCAAUUGAUCCAAGGUACGACUCACCUCCAGCUAGAGAUGAUAGGAUAGUUGAUUCUGUUGAUAAUACUAGACAAAAUACAUUGCAUUACAAUGCAAAGUCUGAAGAGAGCGAUGAGAAAUGCAUGGAUCAAGUGGAAGGUACAAAUAGAAUAAGUGAUAAUGUGGAAACAAAGGAUAUGCUGCCUUAUGUAGACAAGGAUGGGCAUGCAUUGUCAAGGGAUGGAAGAAACAAAGAAGCUAGACAUCAUAGAGAAAAGGAUGAUGGCGACCAAGGUCAUUCGGACUCAGAUAAUGAAAGAAACAUAAGCAUGAAAGAAAAAAUAAGAGUGGAUGCUCAUGGAGAUUAUAAGUCCUAUAGAGGGAGGGACAGAAAUAGAGAGUUGGAAGGAUCUAAAGAACAUUGGGGGAGUCGUCAAAGGCAUGAUUCGAAGGAGCCUAACGACUAUGAUGUUGGUGCAGAAUGGAGGCAUGGACAAGAAAGGUUAGAUGGGGGAAAUUUUCAUGGAAGGUCUGGGUACAGGAAAGAUUCCAGGGGCAGAUAUGAGAGCAGCAAAGGUCCUUCAUCAUAUGGAAAUCGAUAUGACAGUUCUGAUUCAAUAGAAAUUCGGCCUAAUAGGAACCUUGAUUUUGGAAGGGAGAGCUCUGUUUCUGGAAGAAGAAUCAACAUGGGAUCCCUUCAGGAUUUAACACCUGGAACAAGUGAUCCAUCUGAGGAGAACAAAAGAAAUUAUGGAAAUGGUGAGGAUGCACAGGAGAGAUACUAUGAUGAUGUCCAAAACAUGGAUGGUAAAAUUCCUUCCGAUUCUCAUACUGGGAGAGGAGGAGCAAUAGCAUCAAAUAAUUCAGGAGCCGGUCCAAGUGGCAGUGGGAGUAUAAUUUCUCCAACUCCUCAGCAAGGGCCAAAAGGUAGUAGGCCCUCUAGAGGUUUACGAGGAAGACCAAAUGUGAGGGACCCUCAAAGAAUGGGACUUCCAGUGCCGCUGAUGCCACCUCCACCAUUUGGACCUCUUGGUCUGCCACCAGGUCCUAUGCAACCAAUUGGACCAAACAUGUCCCAUUCUCCCGGUCCUCUUGGACCUGGUGUUUUCAUUCCACCAUUUCCCGGGCAUCUUGUUUGGCCUGGGGCGCGGGGUAUUGAUGUGAAUAUGCUUUCUGUUCCAACCAACCUUCCUAUCCCUCCAGUAGCGGGACCUAGUUUCACUUCCAGUGUAGCAGCUGGCCCCAAUCAUAGCAUUCACUUAAAUCAAACAGGCAGUGGGUUGGGAUCUCCAGCGAAUGCACCAGGAACUGGUUUUAAUCCAUUGUCUACACCAAAUCAUGAAAUACUGCAAGAUAAACCACCUGCGGGUUGGACACCGCAGCGGGGGCCUGCUGGAAAAGCUCCUUCACGGGGUGAACAAAAUGAUUACUCACAGAACUUUGUGGAUACUGGCAUGCGACCUCAAAAUUUUAUCAGAGAACUGGAGCUUACAAGUGUAGUGGAGGACUAUCCUAAGCUUAGAGAACUCAUACAGAGGAAAGAUGAUAUUGUUUCUAACUCAGCUUCAGCACCAAUGUACUACAAGUGUGACCUGAAAGAUCAUAUGCUUUCCCCAGAAUUUUUCGGCACAAAAUUUGAUGUUAUUCUUAUAGAUCCUCCAUGGGAGGAAUAUGUUCAUCGUGCUCCUGGUAUCACUGAUCAUAUAGAGUAUUGGACUCCUGAUGAGAUUAUGAAUUUGAAAAUUGAGCAGGCCAUAGCUGAUACACCCUCAUUUAUCUUCCUCUGGGUUGGUGAUGGUGUUGGUCUUGAACAAGGCCGCCAAUGCUUGAAGAAGUGGGGAUUUCGUAGGUGUGAGGAUAUAUGUUGGAUUAAAACCAACAAGAAAAAUGCAACACCAGGUCUGCGCCAUGACUCUAAUACAUUAUUCCAGCAUUCAAAGGAGCAUUGCUUGAUGGGCAUAAAAGGAACUGUCCGGCGCAGCACUGAUGGGCAUAUUAUCCAUGCAAAUAUUGAUACUGAUAUAAUAAUAGCUGAGGAACCUACUGAUGGUUCAACAAAAAAGCCAGAAGACAUGUAUAGGAUCAUCGAGCAUUUUGCUCUUGGAAGGAGGCGCCUCGAACUCUUUGGUGAGGACCAUAAUAUCCGUCCGGGCUGGCUAACUCUUGGGAAAGGCUUAUCUUCAUCAAACUUCCAUAAAGAGGCAUACAUCAAGAACUUCAUGGACAGGGAUGGAAAAAUAUGGCAGGGAGGCGGCGGGCGGAAUCCACCUCCAGAUGCUCCUCACCUUGUCGUUACAACUCCAGAGAUCGAGAGCCUCCGUCCCAAGUCACCCCCGCAAAAGAGCCAGCAGCAGCAAUCCAUGCCUCCAAUGGGAUCUAGCAGUUCUACAAACAGGCGGUCUGUCAUGAACUCCUCGCAGAUCGUCGUGACGGUUGUUGGCUCUGAAACAAUGAUGCCAUCUCCAUGGUCUUCCAACCCAAUGUCAGGUUUUGGUAUGCCUGAAUAGUUUUGUUCCAAGGAAACCAUUCAUUUAUUCCUAUACGAUUUUCAUUAUUGAUGUGUACAUUCACUUUUACACGACAGAUGCGUUAAUAAUUAUCUGUAUCAUCAAUCAUCCACAAGGCUGCAAUUGGGUCCUUUUCAAACAUAAAUUCAUGCAUAUCUAUAGGAUUCAGUUCCUCAUAUAUUUGUAAAACUUUCUUUUUCAAAUUUCACCAUCGUACAAGAUAUUUCUAGUU